GCUUUUCCGUUUUGCUCUUGCGCUCUAUGGAUGUUGUGGACGGCUGACAGGCACGUGAGCAGUGCUACGUCAUCGUAAACACCACCGAGCGACAUGGCGGCUCCUGCAGCUACCAAGAUCAUAUUUGAGCAGGAAGGGAUUUUUAUUCAUUCCAGUUCCACGAGGGGCGAGGACCAAGAAUCCCUCAUAUCCGGGUUCCUGAGGAUCGUCCAGAAGGAUGGUGAAAUCUGUGUGGAGUACAAGCCUCUGGAAGAUGCCGUCGAUCCCUCCAACAUGCUGUGCGCUGGAAAGGACUCCAGUUCGGUGGUGGAGUGGACCCAGUGUCCCGGAGACAGACCCCACCGGGCGAUGGAGCAGCAGCAGAGCUACGAGACGGAGUGGGACAUGGUCAACACCGUCUCCUUCAAGAAGAAGCCCUACACCAACGGCGAAGGUGUGUCGAAUCACGCGCAGGAGCGGGGCAGGUGGGCCUUCUUCUUCAGCCUGGCCGAGCUCCGGUCCAUCCGGGUGAAGACGGAGGGCUGGUCCCACCUGGUCUUCUGUCUGAAAGACGACACGCUCCUGCCCGCCCUCCACUUCCACCAGGGCGGCAGCGAGGCCUUCCUGGACUGCCUCGGGAGAUACGUCCUGCUGACCGGGUCUCCCGACGACGAAACAACCCUGAUAGUCUGCAGCCACAGCAAGGCCCUCUCACAGUCCUUUGAGAACCUCCUAGACGACGCCACAUUUGGCCUGGUUCAGAAGUUGAGGAAGGACCCGUACACGACCACGCUGGGGGGCUUUGCCAAGGUGACCAACUACAUCUUCGACGCCUUCCGGUGGCAGGACCUGGAGCACCACCACCCACAGCAGCCGCGGCCGGCCGAGGACUCGCCCGACCCCCUGAGCGAGGUCAUCCCCGGCCUGGAGAUCAACCAGCAGGAGGAGCCUGGCUUCGAGGUCAUCACCAGGAUCGAUUUGGGGCGGAGGCCGGACGUGGAGCGCAGGGAUCCUGUGUCGGCGGAGGACUGGGCCCAGCAUGUGGAUUCAGAGGGAAGGGUGCAGGAGGUGUCCCAUCUAAAGAGCCUCAUCUUCAAAGGGGGGCUGUGCCACGCGGUCAGGAAGGAGGCCUGGAAGUUCCUCCUGGGGUACUUCCCCUGGGACAGCACGCGGGACGAGAGGAAGAACCUGCAGAAGAGGAAGACGGACGAGUACUUCAAGAUGAAGCUGCAGUGGAAGUCGGUCAGCGAGGAGCAGGAGAAGAGGAACUCCAGGCUGAGGGACAACCGGAGUCUGAUCGAAAAGGACGUCAACAGAACAGACAGAACCAAUAAAUUUUACGAAGGGCCAGAUAACCCGGGCCUCAUCCUGCUCCACGACAUCCUGAUGACGUACUGCAUGUACGAUUUCGAUCUGGGAUACGUCCAGGGAAUGAAUGACCUGCUCUCUCCGAUUCUCUACGUGAUGGAGAACGAAGUGGACGCCUUCUGGUGCUUUGUGUCCUACAUGGACCAGAUGCACCAGAACUUCGAGGAGCAGAUGCAGGGAAUGAAAACCCAGCUGAUCCAGCUCAGCACGUUGCUACGGCUACUGGACCUGGCCUUCUGGAACUACCUCGAAUCCCAAGAUUCGGGCUACCUGUACUUCUGCUUCCGGUGGCUGCUGAUCCGCUUCAAGAGGGAGCUCUCCUUCCAGGAUGUGCUUCGCUUGUGGGAGGUCAUGUGGACGGGGUUGCCGUGCCAAAACUUCCACCUGCUGGUGUGCUGCGCCAUCCUGGACUCGGAGAAGCAGAAGAUCAUGGAGGAGCAUUACGGAUUCAACGAAAUCCUCAAGCACAUAAAUGAACUUUCAAUGAAACUUGACAUUGAAGAGAUCCUUCAAAAAGCAGAAGCUAUCUGCAUGCAGAUAAAAAGCUGUAAGGACAUACCGCAUUCGGUGAGCCUGAUUCUGGGAUUCGACGCGGAGACGGAACUUCCCGGCACGGAAGCGGGCGAGUCGGAGCGGCAGGAGCAGGAGCCGCCGCAGCCGCCCCACGCCCUGCCGCGGCAGGAGUGCGUCACUGACCUCAUCACCAACGGCAACGGACAUUUACGAGAAGCUGCCCACGACGUUUACAAGCUAGCCUACAUAUCCUAGUGAACAAAACAGCCCCGUCGACGUGACUUUUAUUCCUCACGCACUCUGACACCCACAGAGAAACAAUAUCGGGGUCCCAGUUAGUGAAGGAGGGGUGGGGGGAGGGGGAUUGAAGCAAAACAAGGUUUUAAACCCAUCUCAAAAAAAGUAUUUUUGUAAUUUCUUGUAUCAUAAUCUUUCAUUUUGAAUAAUCAUUCCUUCCCUCUGAGGUGCUACAGGUGCUUCUUAAAGUUAAAGCUCGGUUUUUUUUCUUUCUUUCCACCAUAACAAAACUAUUUUCUGGGUAGAUAUGCUGAAUCGUACGUAAAUUCUAAAAAUUAGUGGUGGAUCUAACAUAGUCGAAGGACGUGUGUCUUUAAAAAGGAGGGUAUGGUAGGUUCAUCUCUCUUUAAAAUUCAUAUACAGGUGAUAUAGUGAUAUAAUGAGGCUGAGGGCUUGUAUGAUGUGUAGGACGUGGCAUUAAUAGAUCCAAGAAUAAUUGUGUAUCCAUUGAAGCCAGCUUUGUUGUUUUCUCUGAAAGUAGGAUGCGUUCUUGCAAAGCGUUUAAAGAGGCAAUUGAAAGAUUUCUGAUUCCUGCCUUAUACCAUGAUUACCUUUAUUUUCACGAUUGAAACUUAAUUGACUGAAUGGAGAAAAAAAAUGUAAUCCCACGGUGUGUACUUCAAAAGUAUAUCAUUGUGCUUCUGUGUCCUGCGUCUCCUAUAUCGAAUUUGGUCACCGCUGACAACGCCGCUCCUGCAGAACCCAACCAAUCAGGUGACUGGAUAGAAAGCGCGUAAGGUUCGAGCGUUCUCGGGGCGGGGUGGGUGUUUUUUAUUUUUGUUUUGUUUUGCGCAUCACGUUGAGGAACGCGGUCGUGUUCUCGUACGAGAUUCCGUCUCAAGUGGACUCCGAGCGAACUACCAAAAUCAGCUGGUGACUGCCUCUUACUGCCGGGCCGGGCCGAGCCGAGCCGAGCCGAGCCGAGCCGUGCCGAGCCGAGCCGAGCUGUGUAAACCCACACCAGUUUUUGUUUUUCUGAACCGGAGCGCAUUUCCAGCACCUUUGGAGGAGGACGCCAGCGGGCCCAGCCAAAAUGGAGACGCAGUGAGAGAGCAGUGUGAGCUCAGCCGACGAAGAGGCCUUCUCUCGCCUACUCUCUUCUCUUUCAUUACUUUGCCAAACACUCAGCAGUACAGCUUACACCGGCUCCCUUCUCCACUUUAUAAUACAGCUUUCUACUCCUCAAAAACGCCGUCAUCAGACCGUUUUAAAUCUUGCCAUUUUUUGUUCCCGUGGGAGCAGUGAAAUAAUGAGAAACCGAGAAGGUUCCUACGGAGUAUUGUUUAAAUCUUUUUGGUUGCAGAGAUCCAGCAUCGAAACAAUUAGCUGUAUCAUAAAAUACAGGGUGACUUGUGUUUAUACAGUGUGUACAUAUACAUAUUUGUAUAUUCUCAAUGAUUGUACUGUAUUGAUAAUUCCUUUGAUAAAUAAAUUUGCUUGAAACCGAA